UCCUUAGUGAGGGAUUCAAGAUUUAUCCUUGUGUCCCAAAAGGACGUGGAUCGUUAACAUACUGUUCAUGCUUACCUUUGCCAUGUCUCCACAUCUGAAGCACAAAUGCUAGCCUGUGUCAACUUGCUUUCAAAGAUCAUCAUAAAAAUGUACCCAUUUACAAAAGCUAAUCCACAUGCACCUUUAAGUGACUUAAAUACGACCUUGUGCUUUGACCGAUACGCCUAUUGCACUGUGAACAUAUUUAUUUUUAUGACAAUAACCCUUGCACGCACUAUAUUUUUUUCUAGACCCAAGUCAGUCAGACACACUUCACCCAGUUGGGUUGCACAGUUAAACUCACUGCAGUCUGCAGAGGUAGCAGGAGCCUAAAUUCUAAAGCAAUGCAAACCAAAAGCUUUAUGUGGAUGAUUUAAGUUUCACAUUCUGCAGAGAUCACCAAAAAGACAUGUUGUGAAAUGUAGUCUUUUUUUUCUGUCCAUGACUACAGGCAGAUCAAAAGAUCUGUGAUUGUAAGAUGUGGCUAUUUUGAGCACCUGCUAUCCGUUGCCCAUUCACACACAGCAACUGGUGGCCACUAAAAAUAAUCAGCUUUACCACCAGCUACGAAUCUGGCCAUGUUUGGCUGGUGGACAAUGGGCGCAGUGAGAUUUAGGACCCUGCCUUCGCUUGCUUCAGCACACUCAUCAGCCUUUGAAAGCCAUUGAAAAGCCAUUAACAGGCAGGACAGGGAGAGCCGCACUGCAGCACACCUCGUGCCGGCGGAAGGUGGCUGCAUGUGAGCGCCAAUUAGAGCUGACUGUUCCCGGGCUCGUGGCAUUAGGAGCCGUGUCAAUCAAGGGGGCUACAAAAGCACGUGCAGCCGUGGCGGUGCAGAACCCGCCCGGGAGGCUGCUCUGAGCUCCAGCUGCUGAAUGAGAAUGAGUGGGAAGCUCUUGGCAGGAUCAUGGAGCGGAGCCUCUGUUCAAUAAUGCAUCCCGAGGUAAACUGUUACCUGAGUGAGGCUAAAUAAUGCAUUUCCUGGGCUCGACUGUGGUAGCAGAGGAGAGUGCUGGCACCCGUGGCAAGGUUGCUGUCUGAGAUGGAACGAUGUCUCACUAUCAUUUUAUCAAGUGCUGUUGCUUUCAGCUAUGUAAGGCUUUUCCAUCCCAUGAAAUGGAAAUUGACCAGUGCCUGUUGGAGUCCCUUCCCCUGGGCCAACGGCAGCGUCUGGUGAAGCGCAUGCGUGGUGAGCAAGUCAGAGCCUACUAUGAACGGGAGAAGGCUCUCCAGAAGCAGGAAGGCUUCCUGAGGAGGCUGAGGCAUGGAAAGUGCCAGAAGGUUCACUUCCACCUUGCCGACAUGGUGCAGGAUGCGAUCGUCCACCACAACGACAAAGAAGUGCUCCGGCUCCUGAAGGAAGGGGCAGACCCGCACACCCUCCUGUCCUCGGGCGGAUGCUUACUCCACCUGUGUGCUCGGUACGACAACGCCUUCAUUGCCGAGAUCCUCAUCGACAGAGGAGUCAACGUCAACCACCAGGAUGAAGACUUCUGGACCCCAAUGCACAUAGCCUGUGCCUGCGACAACCCCGACGUGGUCCUGCUGCUGGUGUUAGCUGGAGCCAAUGUCCUUCUCCAGGAUGUCAACGGAAAUAUCCCAUUAGAUUACGCCAUAGAAGGGACAGAAUCCAGCUCUAUCUUACUGACCUAUCUGGACGAGAAUGGGGUGGACCUGACCUCGCUGCGCCAGAUGAAGCUGCAGAGGCCGCUGAGUAUGUUAACAGACGUCAAGCACUUCUUGUCAUCAGGAGGGAACGUCAAUGAGAAGAACGAGGAGGGAGUAACCCUGCUGCACAUGGCCUGUGCCAGUGGCUACAAGGAGGUGGCUUCGCUGAUCCUGGAGCACGGUGGUGACCUCCACACAGUGGAUGACCAGCACUGCACACCCCUCCACGUGGCUGCCAAGUUCGGCCAGACCAGCCUGGUGAAACUUCUUCUGAUGCAUCAGGCAAACCCAAACCUGGUGAACUGCAAUGAAGAGAAGCCCUCAGAUGUUGCGGCGUCUGAGUUUAUCGAGGAGAUGCUGCUGAGGGCGGAAGUGGCCUGGGAAGAAAAAUCGAGGGACCCUGCACCCGUCCCUUCCUCGGCCCAGGAGGAGCCCUACGAGGAGACCAUUCACGAGCGCCCGGCACUUCCCAGCAAGCUCAGACCCCUGGUGCUACCAAUCGCCAAGCAAGACAGCUUGUUGGAAAAAGACACCAUGUUCAAAGAUGCAAGCAAAAGUCUGUGUGUGCAGCGAUCUCAGGACAGCACGCCCGAACACGCGGCGCUGAGUGACUCCACCAAGCCCGAGCAGGUCAAGCUCAUGCCUCCUGCUCCAAACGAUGACCUGGCAACACUCAGUGAGCUGACGGAUGGGAGCCUGCUCUAUGAGAUUCAGAAGCGCUUUGGGAACGAUCAGAUCUACACUUUCAUUGGGGACGUCCUGUUGCUUGUCAACCCAUUCAAGGAGCUUCCCAUUUAUUCUAACCUGGUCUCGCAGCUGUACCUGAGCGACACGGGGCGGCCGAGCCCCUCGCUGCCCCCGCACCUCUUCUCCUGCGCAGAGAGAGCCUUCCACCAGCUGUUCCAGGAGCAGCGGCCACAGAGCUUCGUCCUCAGCGGAGAAAGAGGGUCUGGAAAGUCGGAAGCCAGCAAACAAAUCGUGAGACACCUCGCCUGCCGCUCCAGCGCCAGCCGGGCUCUGUUUGAAUCCAGGUUUAAACAUGUCCUGUGCAUCUUGGAAGCCUUCGGACACGCAAAGACGACACUGAAUGACCUGUCCAGCUGCUUCAUCAAGUACCUGGAGCUGCAGUUCUGUGAGAGGAAGAAGCACGUCACGGGAGCCAGAGUGUGGACGUACAUGCUAGAGAGGUCCAGACUUGUGUCCCAACCCGUCGGCCAGAGCAACUUUCUCAUUUUCUACCUGCUGAUGGAUGGGUUAUCUGCUGAAGAGAAAUACGGACUUCACCUGCACCAUGUGGGUGCACACCGGUACUUGAAGCAGACCACGCGGGAGGAGGUGUCGGCGGCCGAGCACGCGCAGAACAGGGAGAAGCUGGUGGUUUUGAAACAAGCUCUGAGUGUGGUUGGCUUCAGCACCCCGGAGGUGGAGAACCUGUUUGCGAUCCUGGCAGCUAUACUGCACCUGGGAGACAUCCGGUUCACAGCCCUCACGGACGGUGACUCGGCUUUCGUCUCUGACCUCCAGCUGCUGGAGCAAGUGGCUGGGAUGUUACAGGUGUCAGCGGAUGAACUGGCGUCUGCCUUAACAACUGACGUUCAGUAUUUUAAAGGAGAUCUGAUCCUGCGGAGACACACCGUACCCAUGGCUGACUUCUACCGGGACCUCUUGGCCAAGUCCCUGUACAGUCGUCUGUUCAGCUUUCUGGUGAACACCAUGAACUGUUACCUCCAAAGCCAAGAGGAGCCCAGAAGCGCACAGAUACUGAAUAUUGGAAUUUUGGACAUCUUUGGUUUUGAAGAAUUUCAAAAGAAUGAAUUUGAGCAACUCUGUGUCAACAUGACCAACGAGAAGAUGCACCAGUAUGUCACCGAAGUGCUUUUUCUACACGAGCAAACAGAAUGUGUACAAGAGGGAGUUGCCAUGGAAACCACAUAUUCCCCUGGGAACCAGACUGGAGUUCUGGAUUUUUUUUUCCAGAAGCCCUCUGGAUUUCUGUCCUUGUUGGACGAAGAGAGUCAAACGAUUUGGUCGAUGGAAUCAAACCUGCCCAAAAGGCUGCAGAGCCUGCUGGACUCGGCCAGCACGCACGCAGUGUACUCCCCCACGAAGGACGGGAACGGCAACGUUGCCCUCAAGGACCCCGGCACGGCGUUCACCGUCAUGCACUACGCGGGGAGGGUAAUGUAUGAAAUUGUUGGAGCAAUUGAAAAAAAUAAAGACUCGCUUUCACAGAAUCUUCUGUUUGUGAUGAAAACUAGUGAAAAUGUCGUCAUCAAUCAUUUGUUCCAGUCGAAACUGUCGCAGACGGGCUCGCUCGUCCCUUCGUACCCCUGCUUUAAAUUCCGGGGACAUAAGUCCGCCCUGCUCAACAAGAAAAUGGCAGCGUCUUCCGUUACUGGAGAAAACAGGAAUUAUCUUGAACUCAGUAAGUUAUUAAAAAAGAAAGGGACGUCUGCGUUUCUGCACAGGCUGGGAAGGGGCGACCCCGCCACAUCAGCAUCGCGGCUCAGGAAAUCGCUGGCGGACAUCAUUGGAAAACUCCAGAAGUGCACUCCACACUUCAUUCACUGCAUCAAGCCCAAUGACUCAAGGCUGCCAGACACCUUUGAUAACUUCUACGUGUCUGCCCAGCUGCAGUAUAUCGGGGUCCUGGAGGUGGUGAAGAUUUUCCGACGCGGAUACCCUGCCCGUCUGUCUUUCUCGGAUUUCCUGUCGAGGUACAAGCCGUUGGCCGACGUUCUCCUGGGCGAGGAGGAGGAGCUGUCUGCGGAGGACAGGUGCCGAUGCAUUCUCCAGCAGUGUAGGCUGCAAGGCUGGCAGAUGGGGACCCACAAAGUGUUUCUGAAGCGCUGGCAUGCAGACCAGCUCAGCGACCUGUGCCUGCAGCUGCAGAGGAAGAUCGUAACCUGCCAGAAAGUUAUACGAGGAUUUCUUGCACGCCAGCGCGUGCUUCAGAAAAUGUGCACGCAGCAGCGAGAGCAGACAUCCAUCAGAAGCUUCCUGCAGAACACCGAGGACAUGGCGCUGAGAACCUACGACGCCCUGGUCAUCCAGAAUGCCUCCGACAUCGCCCGGGAGAAUGACCGGCUGCGGAGGGAAAUGAACGGCCCCCUCCAUAGAGAGAAGGCGGAGGCCAGGAGCAGGCCUGAGGAAGGGAUCCAGAGGGCCGAAGACAAGGCCGGGCCCCGGCGCGCCCAGGCCGCGGCGUCCGUGCGGUCCCUGUCGCUCCACUCCGUGUCCAGUGCGGAAGACAGCAGCGGCCUCCCGUCGCCCCGGAAGCAGCCUCCACCCAAGCCCAAGCGGGACCCCAGCACGCGGCUGAGCGCCUCCUACGAGGCGGUGAGCGCCUGCCUGGCGGCGGCGCGGGAUGCAGCCCAGGCUUUGUCCCGGCCACGCCCGCACAGCGACGACUACAGCACCAUGAAGAAGAUCCCUCCUCGGAAGCCCAAGAGGAGCCCGCACACGAAGCUCAGCGGCUCCUACGAGGAGAUCUGGGGCCCCAAGCCCGGGGACGCGCGGCCCCCAGCGCCGGCGGCGGCGGACGUGGACGCAGACGCGGACGCGGAGCCCGUGUACAUCGAGAUGGUGGGCGCGGCGGCGCGGGCCGGCCCGGGGCCCAGCAGCCCCGAGCAGACCGAGGCUGUGUACGAGGAGAUGACCUUCGCGCCCGCGCCCGCGGGGCCCGACAUCCCGCCGCCCUUCCCCAACCUGCUCCCGCACCGGCCGCCGCUGCUGGUCUUCCCGCCCGCGCCCGCCACCUGCUCGCCCGCCUCGGACGAGUCGCCGCUGACGCCGCUCGAGGUCAAGAAGCUGCCGGUGCUGGAAACCAACCUCAAGUACCCCGUGCAGCCCGAGGGCUCCAGCCCGCUGUCCCCGCAGAAUUCCAGACACCCGAAGGCGGACGCCGACGGGCCCGCAUCGCCCGGCCUGGCUGCGCUGGACGGGGCGGGCCGCGGCUCCCCGCCGCCGCCGCCGCCACCGCCGCCGCCGCCGCCCGCUGCCCCUCGGCCGGCCACGCACUUCGCGUUCCCGCCGGACGCCGCCUCGGCCCACCACGCGGGCAGGGCGGCGGCCCCCGCGGAGCCGUGCAGAGGGCCUCCGAAGCCGAACUCUGCCCCGGCCGGGGGCCCGUGCAGCAGCUUCGCCAAGGCCCCUUGCUCGCCCGGGCGGGCAGCGCGAGGCGACCCCCGGAGGGGCAGCUCCAGCGCCUCGUCCCCCGGCCCCUACAGCCCCCUGGACGAGCUGGCCAGCCUCUUCAGUUCCGGACGGAGCGUGUUGCGCAGGUCCGCCGCGGGCCGCAAGAUCAGGCAGCAGGAAGGUUUUGAAACGAACAUGAACCUGACUACCCGGGAUGAUCUCUCUACAUCAGAACUUGCGUCGGAGACUCAAGACAGAAAUGCAAAUAACCACGCAACUCAGUUCUCCAGCUCACUGUCCAGUGCGAUCUCUGCUGAGAAUGGAAAUCCAGUCUCCAACGGUUUAUCCGAAGACGACGGGUUCUCCAGGUUGUCUGUGAGCAACACGGCGAUACGCUCAUUCCAGAGGCACCGGGAGAGUCACACCACGCAGGUCAUCCACCAGCUGCGGCUCUCGGAGAACGAGAGCGUGGCCCUGCAGGAGCUGCUGGACUGGAGGCGGAAGCUCUGUGAGGAGGCAGAGGAGUGGCAGCAGAUCCUGCACCCCGCCGAGCCCAGGGCGCCUCCCCCGCCGCCCUGCAAGAAGCCGACCCUUGUGAAGAAGCCAGAAGGGGGCCCCUGCCACAGGUUGCCCUCCGAGCUCUGGGACAGCACCAUCUGACGUGGCCGCACCGCCACGCACGGAGCCCCACCGCCCAGCCACACCGCGCCGCGACGCCAGACGGUGCCUCUCAUGCACGCUGGGGCUGCCUCCAACCAUUUCCACAACAAAGCACAGGACCCUGGCGCUGAACACAUGAGGUUUCCCAUGUGUGUGUGUGCAUGUGUGUGCAUGUGAGAGUGUGUGUGUGUCCAUCCAUGUGUGUGUGCACACUUGAGAGCAUGUGUGAGUCCAUCCAUGUGUGUGUGCACACUCGAGAGCAUGUGUGAGUCCAUCCGUGUGUGUGCAUGUGAGAGCAUGUGUGCGUCCAUCCAUGUGUGUGUGCACACUCGAGAGCAUGUGUGAGUCCAUCCAUGUGUGUGUGUGCAUGUGAGAGCAUGUGUACGUCCAUCCAUGUGUGUGUGCACACUCGAGAGCAUGUGUGAGUCCAUCCGUGUGUGUGCAUGUGAGAGCAUGUGUGCGUCCAUCCAUGUGUGUGUGCACACUCGAGAGCAUGUGUGAGUCCAUCUGUGUGUGUGUGCAUGUGAGAGCGUGUGUGCGUCCAUCCAUGUGUGUGUGCACGUGAGAGCAUGUGUGAGUUCAUCUGUGUGUGCACUUGAGAGCAUGUGUGUGCACGUGAGAGCAUAUGUGCGUCCAUCUGUGUGUGUGUGCACGUGAGAGCGUGUGUACAUCCAUCCAUGUGUGUGUGCACACACGAGAGCAUGUGUGAGUCCAUCCAUGUGUGUGCACGUGAGAGCAUGUGUGAGUUCAUCUGUGUGUGCACGUGAGAGCGUGUGUGCAUCAUCCAUGUGUGUGUGCACACUCGAGAGCAUGUGUGAGUCCAUCCAUGUGUGUGCACGUGAGAGCGUGUGUGCAUCAUCCAUGUGUGUGUGCACACUCGAGAGCAUGUGUGAGUCCAUCCAUGCAUGGGUAUGUGCACACACGGGAGCAUGUGAGUCCAUCCGUGUGUGUGUGUGUGUGUGUGUGUGUGUGGUUUCCUACCGUUUUGUGGUGAUGCACUCUGAGUUUUAGGUUCCACGUCUUCAGGCCAUGCUACCCAUCGGUGGCAAGAGAGACGCUGGGAACAGGGUGUUUGAGGAGCGAGAAGGGAAGACAGAGGUGGGCGUGGAGCGACCCACGCACACGCCCUGUGCAUUUUUACAGAAAUCAGCAGCAACGGCCGCGUAUGUCCGGGGGUUUUAAUACGGUCCAGAACGUGGACAGACAUCUUACUUCUGUGUAGGCGUUUGUGUCUCCUGACCACCUUGAUGUGUUUAUUACUGUAUUUUAUAACUUUAUGCCGUCGGUGGUGCUCCCUGCCUCAAAAUACAGAUUUUAAAACAUUC